AUGGCAUUCUCAUCCGGCCUCUGCCUGCGGAGGCCGUGCCUGCCUGAGGCCGCCUCUGUGAAAGCUGGUGAGGCUCGCAGCCGGCGGCCUGUGCGGCUCGAUUCUCGCCGCCUCUCCUCUGCAUCUCUCUACUCUUCGGUGCUCGCUUGCACCUGUUCUCGCUUGCCGCCGCUGCCUUCUGCUCCAGCCUCCGCCGUAGACCUUCCUCAGUCUGCACCGCCGACGCGCGUCGUUUGUCUCGCGUCAUGGCCCGUGGCGCCUGCAGCGCCCGUCGGCGCGCCUUCGCCUUCGUCGUCUUUUCUGCCUUGCUUUGCGGGCGCCAGGCCUUUCAGGCCUUCGCCUUGCCCUGCGUUUUCGGCGCUCUCGGCUGCGCAGUCUCCGUCGUCGCCUCUGUCUCGCGCGAUGUCCGUGCGCGCUGCUUCGUCUGCGUCUUCGGCCUCGCUGCUCGCCAAAACGGCGCCGGCUCGGCGUGUACCUACACCGGGCGCGAGCGAGCUGAAGGGAAGAGACUCGAAGCCGCUCCCCUCGGCAGGCUGCGCGCUCGCUCUCGCGCUUCAGCGUCUGGCGCUCGGCCGCAAGAAGCGACACGCGCGACAAAAAGAGGAGGAAAGUGGAGCGGUCUCGCACCCGCAAGAUGCGUCGCUCAGGAGCGCGGCGAAAGGAGACGCGGGGAGAGGAGGCGCUUCCUGGGGGGAAGCCGAAGACGCCGAGAUUGCGAAGACGCUCGCCGAGCUCGCUGCGUUGAUCCAUAGAGCCGCUGCCGCAAACGCGACGCGAGUGGUGCAGCACUUUCCUGCUUCUCCUUUGUCGUCUGAGUCCGCUCGUGCUGCGGCGUCUGCUUCUGCGCUGCCUCAGUCUCCAGAUGGCUUCCCGGCACUCGCCUCGCCUUCGUGCGAGCGGGUUUUGCCUCCCGCUCCGUUCUCUCCGCCCUCCGCUCUGCGUGCCUCGACCUCUGCGGGGGAGAAACAGCCCACGCCGCUCCAGUGCUGUGUGGCGCUGCAUGCGUGCGCGACGCUCCUGUCGCAGUCUCGGCUUCACCCUCCCGCCGAAAGGAGAGAGGCGCCGAGCGGGGGGCGCGCAGAGGCGAUCGCCUGCCUGGAGCGACAGCUCGUCUCCUCGCGCCUCGCCGCGGACGCCUCCCCCAGCAGGGUUGAAGAGGCGCGGAGGCUCUUUCGGCAGUCGACUGAGGCAGAGGAAGGCGAGCGCAUGCGCCGAGGCGGAGGAGAUAGCGACGCAGCCGCCCUGCAUGCGGCGCUGCAGCGGGAGGCAGAGUUCGUUUCGAAGGCGAGCGAGCUCGACUGGAGCCGUCUGCCCCUGUAUCCAUUUCUCCCUUCUAGCGCGCACUCAGCGGCUGUCUCUGCGUCUUUGCCUUCGCACGCAGCUCCGUGUCAGUCGGGGCCGGGUUCAAGUGCAGAGUCUUUUUCUUCUUUUUCGCCAUCUGCCUCUCUGCAGUUUUCUGCGUUUAGCUCUCCGAGUCUGCCCUCCUCCUCGCUGGCGCCGCCUCCUUCUUUUUUUCUGUCCGCGUUUCCUCCCGCGGUGCUGCUGCGGCAUGUGACGGCGCUGUUAAUCCAGCGCGCCUUCGCGCUGCUUCACCUUUGCUCCGUGAAGCAGCUGGUUUUGCUUACGAGCGAACUGUCGCGGCUGCUUCCUCUUCUGCCGUUUCCUUCUUCAGCGGACCAGGUGGAACUCUACAGGCACGCGCUGGCGUGCCGCGUGCGCGAAGAAGAGGCACACAGGCGCGUCUACCUGGAGAAGAAGCUGCGAAGGAGCCGAGAGAGGAGGCAAAAAGAAAAAGAAAGGCAACGUGCUCAGCGGGACUGCAUUUCCUCGGUAGUGACUUCGCAUUCCUCUUCGGCUGCGCCUCCCCCUCCAAGCGGUGAACGCGAGGGAAGCCGAACUCCGGAACCUGCAGGUGCCUCGCUUUCGCGCUCGGGCGCUGCGUCUGCGCAGACGGCUGCAAGCGACUCGCCCAGCGCAGACGUCAAAGAAGAGUCUCCAGGGGGCAACGGCGGAGAGGUUUAUUUUGAGGGAGACGCAUGCGGUGAGACGCCUCGAGUUUCGAGGGCGCGCCUCCUCGCCUCGCGGGUCUCCGCGACCUCUCGCCUCGCGGCUUCCUCGCCGGCGGAACUUUCGAAGAGUCCGAGCCUCGCCGCAACUUCGCCCGCUUUUCAGGCGCACAGGCUUGCAGCGAGUACGCUGCUUCUCCUCGUGCUGCGGCGCCUCGCGCUUCGCCAGCGGAAGCGAAAAGCCUCUGAGGCAGAGACCCUCUCUCCACGCGCCCUCGCCGCCCUCGCGCACGCCGUCGCGGCUCUCUCCGCCGAGAGCGUGCAGUUGCUGCAGGAGGCUGACCGCGCGCAGGCAACCGCCAGAAGCGGCAGCGCGCGGCCGCCUGACAUCGACGCAGAGAUAGAGAGCGCGAAGGAGGGCGAUGGCGAGGAAGACGAAGCAGCCAGGCGCCUGCCGCUACCUCUGAAGCGUACAUCGGGUGGGGGGGAGAUGCUGGAUCGGAAACAGGAGGCGCUGGGGAGCCUGGCGAGCGAAGGCGGCGCGACCCGCGAGAGGGACUGCAUCGGCGUGAAGGAGUGGAGUUUCAGGACGCGACGCGAGCGGCGUACAGAGCGCGGGAGGAGAAUCGUCGAUCUCUCUGCCGGCAGCGAGUGCGGUCUCUCUCCGUCAACGCAGUCUCCCCCAGGGCGCGCGCUCGGUCGCGCGCCUCGGCAGCUGCCGCCGACUUUACAUUCCGCGUCGCCGCCUUGUACGCCUGCGCGGGCGGGUAUCGCCUCUCCCGUGCUUACCUCGGACGCGUCGGCGCCGUCGCCUUCGCUUGCGAGAUCGUCUGAGGCUGAGGAGAGUCCGGCGCGCUUCGCAGCGCGCGUCGCGGCGGAGGCAGGCGCACUCGGCUGCGCACUUCUCUUGAGGGGGGAGAGGCGCAGCAGCGGAGACGAGGAAGCCUCGUUUUUCUUCCAGGCGUGCCUCAGGCAGCUCGAGCGGUUCCAAGCGAAAGACGCCGCGAUGCUGCUUCGCGCCCUCGUCAGACUGAAGGCCUUCCCGGUCGCCGUCGGCGCGACUCGCACCAAGCCGUCAGAGCUGCUUCGCCGUCUGCCGCUUCGCCUCGUUGAGCUGGUGCCCAGGAUGUCUGCCGCGGAGCUUUCGCUUCUCCUGCCUUCGGUUUUCUCGGUGUGCUUCGCGUGCUUCAAGGCCGCCAACCCGCACUGUGCUGUGGCGCUGCCGAAGCAAGGAGAGAAGCAUCUUUUCUCCUCUCUGCGAGCGGGGGAGAAAAGAGAGGAGAACUUCAUGAUGCAAACGGCGUGUUUGCUGCCGCCUUCGCCGGUGUCGGCUCGCGCCUCCGUCCUCGCGGCGGCUGCUUCGCCGCCCGCAUCGCAGCGAAAAGAAGACAAAAGGAAGACAGGACGCGCCGAACUCGCGCACGCCAGCGAGCCACGCCAAGGGGGCGACGGCAACGGCAGCAAGCAGAAGGAAGAAGACUGGCUUCAGGCGACUCGCGCUUGGUCUGCCGUCGUUGAGGUAGCUGAACAAAGAUGCGUGUACCUCACGAUGGUGGACGCUGAGCUGCGCCAGCGAGAGGCGGAGGCGCGAGGCCUCAAACAGGGUGUCGCGGGAGACGGCCUAACGGCGAACAGGCACACUGACACUGACAAACUCCGAGACGCUCUGUCGAGCUUCUACGCGCGGUAG